AUCAAGGAUGACAGUAUUGCAAGGGUGAAGCCUGACAAGACAUCAAGCUUAGAUCGAUGCCGCGGAAUCAACCCACCCAAAACUCGCGUUCUAGGAACAAGGCUUGCCAAAUCUGUUGGCUUCGUGCGAAGCAGUGUAAUGGAGGAGUAAAUUGCCGGUGCUCGGUAUGCAGCAGCAUGAUGGCGAAAUUGAAGAACAAUGGAACUGAUCUAAACUUCCCCCUUAAAGAAAGUCAAUCUCACAUGUAUGACAUGUACCGGUCUCUCGAAAGCCAAGACCUUGAAUUUUCCAAAUGGAUCAUCAAAGUCGAGCGACGAAACAAGCCGAACACGACCGUCGAACUUCCGAGCUAUGGAACUCUGGAUAACACGGAUGGUGGCUUGCAGACGGCGGAUUUGGAUAACUUGAUCCUUUCUCAGUUUGCACCAAAGUUACGUGCCAAGAGUGGGAACCCAGCAGUUAUAGCAAAUGCUGUGCUUGCUAGUGGAUAUAUAUUCUGCCUCUUGUCUGCCACGAACCCUUCUCAACCUGUAAGCGGGAUGGUCAAUGGCUCUGGGAAUCCAUGUUCCAAUGAGACUUUACGCCAUACACCAAUGUUCAAAGGGAGAUUGCUUAUGCGCCUCGGAGCGAUCAGCGACUUGUUCAGGGCGAGCUUUCGGCACGAAAUUGGAGCACUUAGUCAAAAUGAAGCUGCAAACAACCAUGCCGCUGCUGUUAUUUUCCUUCAUGGCAUGGUCGAUCUCUACGAAGGUCUUCACAAUGGUGUUCUGCAAAGUCUGUUUCCUACCGAGCUUACUGAACGUUUAAGCGCUUGGUCGAACUCUUUUAGAGACGAGCUCUAUCAACAAGCUGGAAAUGACUGUAGCAAGUUCUGGAACGACGCUCUCAAAGGUCCUCUGAAGCAGUUGAAAAUCCGCCGAAAGGAGCACGUCCGAAUGACUGUCGAACUUCAGCAGUAUCUACGGUCUCUGGACGAUUCGAUCGAGGCCCUUUCUGAGUCACCCGGUCUACUUUACAACGAGUCUGGGAUAUCCUUUGUAGACUCGGCCAUGAUAUUACCUCCAACACCAUUCUCAAUGCCCACUGCUGGCUGCGCUGAGACUUCGGCUGCAGGCUUUGAAGAUUAUAACAAUCAAAACUUCUCAUGGUCAGGCAUGCCUACUCAGCAUCCGCAGUAUUCGGCUCCAGGUUUUGAAGAUCAUGACAAUCAAAACGUGUCAUGGCCAGGCAUGCCUGUUCAGCAUCCACAGUAUUCGGCUAAUGCUUAUUACGCCUUUGAGCAAAUGGCGACCAACGACAAAGUAUACUCGAAUCCGUUAUUCGAGCCACCCGCUCAAUGGGCAUCCCAUGAUCCAGGAGAGUUCUUCUUCAAUGACAGAACGCUGGACCCGGAUCCUUCCCCAUACGUGCUCUAAACUGAGCCACACGUUCGCCUACCGCAUUGUCCGUGUCAAUCGACAUUGGAAGAUCGGUAGGUAUUUUUUCUUGAUUCGUGCUUUCUACUAAAUUGCCAAUUUUGUUUUGUUUGUGCGGGAUAUCUGGGGUAGGAUGGGUUUUGGGGGCUUGCAGGAAACUUUGCAAAAACAGGG